AUGGAAAUUGAGGAAGAAGGAAAAGUAAAAGUUGCCGUACGUGUUCGGCCGUUUAAUAAACGUGAACGAGAUUUGAAUACAAAAUGCAUCGUAUCAAUGAUCGAUGAUCAAGCAAUUCUUAGACAUCCCAUUGAUGAAAAGCAACCCAAAACUUUUGCAUAUGAUCAUUGUUUUAAUUCUUCUGAUCCUACUGCAAGUAAUUUUAUUGAUCAGAAUGAAGUAUUUGAACGAGUUGGCACUGCUGUACUUAUCAAUGCAUUUGCUGGCUAUAAUGCUUGCAUAUUUGCAUACGGACAAACUGGUUCAGGUAAAAGUUAUACAAUGAUGGGUACAGCAGAAAAUCCUGGUAUUAUUCCACGUCUUUGUUGUUCUAUUUUUCAAAAAAUUAGCGAAUUAUCUUCAGAUAGUUUAGCAUUUAAAGUUGAAGUUUCGUAUAUGGAAAUUUACAAUGAAAAAGUGCGCGAUCUUCUGGAUCCUAAAAAAACAAAUAAAAAUUUAAAAGUUCGAGAGCAUAAAGUUCUCGGUCCAAUGGUUGAUGGCUUAUCCGUACUGGCUGUUUCAUCAUUUAAACAAAUAGCAUCUUUGAUGGAAGAAGGGAAUAAAUCACGAACAGUUGCUGCAACAAACAUGAAUACGGAAAGUAGUCGCUCGCAUGCAGUAUUCAAUAUUCGUCUUACGCAAACUCUUACGGAUACGAAAAAUGGAUUUACUGGUGAGAAAAUGAGUAAAAUAUCAUUGGUUGAUUUAGCCGGAAGUGAACGAGCUCAGAAGACUGGUGCAGUUGGAAAAAGACUAGAAGAAGGCGGAAAUAUCAAUAAAUCAUUGACAACACUUGGAAUGGUAAUUUCUGCAUUAGCGGAACGAUCGCAUCCUAACGGAAUAUCAAAACCGAAAUUUAUUCCAUAUCGAGAUUCUAUAUUAACAUGGUUGUUAAAGGAUAGUUUAGGUGGUAAUAGCCGAACGGUAAUGAUUGCGACAGUAUCACCUGCAGCGGAUAAUUAUGAAGAAACAUUAUCCACGUUGAGGUAUGCUGAUAGAGCUACGAAAAUUGUAAAUCACGCUGUGAUAAAUGAAGAUCCUAAUGCUAAGGUCAUCCGUGAAUUACGUGAAGAGGUGGAAACACUUCGAGCGCAAAUAUCGCAAACCGUAAAAGAACAAAAUGAAACAGAAGAAUUACGUGAAAGAUUGGCAGAAUCGGAACGUUUAGUGGAGUUAAUGAAUAAAUCAUGGGAUGAACGACUGAAAGACACGGAGAUCGUUUAUCGGGAAAGACAAAAAGAUCUGGCCGAAAUUGGAAUUUCAGUAGCUGGUUCUGGUAUAAAAGUUGAAAAAGAUCGAUUCUAUCUGGUCAAUUUGAAUGCUGACCCAUCAUUAAAUGAACUUCUUGUCUAUUACAUAAAUCAUCAAGCUGUUAUUGGUAGUGCAGAGCAGCAGCAAGGUAUGACAGGAUCAGAUGAAAAAGUUGAUUUUAUCCUUCAAGGACUUGGCGUACAACACCGUCAUGCUUUGUUGAAAAUUGUCGAAGAUGACUGUCAACAACGCCUUUUCAUCGAACGGCUUGAUGCUAAAGCCAGGAUUUGCGUGAAUGGACGUUUGAUAACAGAGCGUACACUUCUUCGUAACGGUUAUCGCCUUCUAAUAGGCAAUAAUCAUUUUUUCCGUGUCAAUUGUCCAAAAGAAGCCGUUGACAUUAGCGCUUCCAUUAUGGAAGAAUCAAAUGCAAUGUUGUUUGACUAUUAUGAUGCUUGGCAAGAGGUAAAUUCUGGUAUAAAUGCGAAUCCAAUCACAACGGCUGUUGAUCAUUAUAUGGAGCAAAUUACGAAGAAACAUGAAAAAGAGAAACAGGCAGCAUUAGAGCAACAGUAUGAAGCAUUUGAGAAAUAUAUUCAGGGACUUACUCAAAGUUUUACACCUUCUACACCAACACCAAGCUUCGGAUAUUUGACACCGAUGGGCACACCUGGAUGUCAAUUUCCGCCUAUUGGUUUUCCGACUAAUCCAAAGGCUAGCAUGCGAUCGAAAUUCUUCAACUGGGCUCAGCAGAGGGAAGAAAUGUUCAAAGAAAAUUUGGUACGUUUGAAGAGUGAUAUUGUACGCGCUAAUGCAUUAGCUCGUGAAGCUAAUAUGAUUGCUGCUGAGCUAUCUUCAUGCCGAUGUCCAGUCACUUAUGAUGUUACCUUGCAAAUUCCAGCAGCAAAUUUGAGGCCAUCAAAAAUUAAGGAAGGUGGAUUCGUUUGUGAACCGUUUAUCGUAGUGAAACGUGCCGGUAUUGAUGGUUAUCAGUUAUGGUCAACUGCCCAGUUAGAAAACAAAUUAAUCGAUAUGCGUGAAAUGUAUAGCGAAAAAAUAACAACAAUCGAAAGGAACGAUGCGUCAACGUCCGAAGAAUUAGAGGAGGACGAUCAGUUCGCGCUCGAAGACAGCUUUAAUAUAAAUGAAUGCCAUAGUCCUAUUGUUGAAAAUAUCUUCGAUAGUCAGGAGCAUCAUAGUUUAAUUGGUGUUGCUAAUGUAUUUCUGGAAGUGCUACUUCACGAUAUGAGACUUGAUUAUCAUGUCCCAAUUAUUAGUCAACAGGGCGAUGUUAGCGGUCGUCUUCAUGUCGAAGUAUAUCGAUUAUCGGAAAUGGAUGAUUCCGGUAUUGUAAGUAGUCUAGAUUCAUUGGAUUCAAGUCGUACCUUAGAUCCACAAUCUAUUGGUGCUGUUUUCCUGGGAAAAACAAUCAAAUGUAGGGUUCGCAUUAAAAAAGCAUCAAAUUUGCCAUCAUCAUUGUCACAUUUCGUAUUUUGUCAGUAUUCCUUUUUUAAUAUUAGCGAAAUUUUGGUUGUUGCUCCAAUAUUUGACCCAAAUGCAAUACAAUUAAUUGAUCAUAAUAAUGUUCCUUGCAAUUCCAACUUUCAAUUCGACCACGAGAAGGAUUUUUGUAUAGUUGUGACAGAAGAAUUUUUGGAGUAUAUUCAAGAGGAUGCUUUAUCGAUUGAAGUUUGGGGUCAUCGAAGUAGUGGUUUUGGUAAUGAUUUUGUACCACCUAAGGUUGCGAAUGGAAUCAUUGAUGUUGAACAAAGUUAUAAAAGUUUGCAGGAGCGAUGGUCUGAGGUGACAAAACGUAUUGAGCUAAAUGUUAACAUUAAAGAGAUGAAUGAUAAUGGUCAGUAUGUUUCCGUAGAAGUACGUCCAUCUAAUGAAAUACUUACCGGUGGUAUAUAUCAACUGAAGCAGGGUCAACAACGACGAAUUCAUGUAAAAGUAUUACCAAUAGCGGAUCAUGGUAAUUUGCCGUUGGCAUUUGCGCAAAUUACUUCCGUUUCUAUUGGUUGUAUCUGUUCGAGAAAUCCAAUGAUGCAAAAACCUUUGGAUAGUUAUCAAGAAGAAGAUUUGGAGAGAAUUCGUGAACAAUGGACUAUAGCUUUGGCUAAUAGACAAAAUUAUUUAGUGAACCAUAUUAAUGCAUUAUCAAAUAAAGGUGAUAAAAAAACAGAUGCUGAAAAAGAGCGUGAACAGUCAUUAAUCAAUCAAUGGGUUGCAUUAACCGAAGAACGAAAUGCUAUUAGUGUACCACCUGCUAAUAGCGAUAUACCUGGUUCACCGGCUGAAUGGUCACCUCCACCUGGUAUUGAAAGACAUAUACCUGUACUAUUUCUUGACUUGAAUUCAGAUGAUGUUACCGAGGAGAUACCUUCCGAUGAUGGUAGCAUUCGAAUAAUUGGCUUGCAAUCAUUCUUAUCAAAGGAAAAUUGUGGUCAAAUUAUUAUGCUUCCUAUUUUAGAGAAUGAUGUUAAUGAAAUUUCAGCUACCUGUUCAUGGGAUAGUUCUAUUCAUGAAAAUCCUGUAUUGAAUAAGCCUACCGAGGGUUCUGAUCAUAUUUAUGCUAUUGUUAAGGUAACAGUACGUUUAACACAUCCGUGUGAAAUAGAUAUAAUUUUACGAAAGCGAAUAUGCAUGCAUGUGUACAAGAAAACCGGUCUAACUGAACGAUUAAUCAAAAAACUGGUUGGAUCGGAUUCAAUCACCGGAACAUCAGUUUAUUAUGAUGUUGUAGCACAUAUCCCUAAGGCAUACUCUUAUUAA